AUGGGGUCGAAGGAAAACGGGUAUGUCUUCACAAUCACGGGCAGGAUGGAUCAGAGUGACAGUGGCUUAUAUAGGCGUCAUCAGAGGGUUAUGAAAAAUGUAAGGACCUACUGUAGGGAGUACUGCGAUUAUACGGGUAUACAUGGGUUCAGGUACUUCGGAGAAAGAAGAAGUCUUUUCGAAAAGGUCUGCUGGAUAAUUAUAUUUAUUUCGAGCCUGGUGGUGUGUAUUGGAGUGAUCUACAAAACUUAUAUAAAAUGGCAGUGUAGUCCAGUGAUAGUCAAUUUUGCAUCCGAAGAAAAGAAUAUUUACCAGAUACCGUUUCCUGCAGUGACGAUUUGUCAUGAGGUUAAAAUUUCUAGGGAGUAUUUUAAUUAUUCGAAAACUUUAAAAGCCAUUGCUCAAGGAGAAAACAUUUCAAAAGAGGAGUUGAGAAAAAAUCCUGUAUUUUCUUACGCCUGUGUAGGAUCGCAAGAGUUCUUUGACAAAUGUACUUGGAUGGGAAAGGUCUACCCGUGUUAUGAAAUAUUUCAACCGAUUGUAACUGAUGAGGGUCUCUGCAUGACCUUUAAUAUGCUGAAUAAAGAAGAUUUGUACAAAGAUAUCGUAACUUCGCAACCAAUAAAGCAGAAACACCUGAAAAUGUACAAGCCAGGAAAGGUGGAAGACUGGACUAUUGGAUAUGGUUAUGGCGAUUUGGCAGGAGUUGAAACAUAUCCUCGUAGGGCGCUACUCGCGGGAUCUGCGAAUGCAUUAAUUGUGGUGUUGCACAAAGCCAUUCGAUUUCCCACAGUGCAACAGCACUACUUCCGGAUCCCUUUGAAGAAAUCAGUCAUUGUUGCCAUCUCUCCCACUCAGCUCAUUACCUCAGAUGACGUAAAAGAAUAUAGUGUCUCCAAGAGGAAGUGUUUCUUCCAGUCCGAGAAGAGGUUGCAGUUUUUUAAACACUACACCCAAUACAACUGCAAACUGGAAUGCCUCACCAACUCAACUCUAAGAAAAUGUGGAUGUGUUGCUUUUUAUAUGCCUCAUAAUUUGGACAUGGCGGGCCUUCAGCACUCGAUCAAUACCGAAAACAACAAAAGGGACAAUUUCGAUAGCAGAUUGAAAUGCGAUUGCAGCCCAAUGUGCGCUUCCGUGGAGUACAACGUGGAAAUAACAGAAAUCGAUUACGACUGGUACAAAGAAUUCGAAUCGCUGGGAUAUGGAAACAUGGAUGACGAGGAAUAUUCGAAGUCUCAACUUAUGAUAUAUUUCAAGUCCAGCCAUUUCAUCCCGUACGAAAGGAACGAGCUUUACGGCCACUUGGAUUUUUUGGCAAAUGUGGGAGGAUUACUGGGCUUGUUUAUCGGCAUCUCCCUGCUCUCCUUCUUUGAAAUAAUUUAUUUUUUAACCCUAAGGAUCAUAUGUAAUCUUAGGCUCUACAAAAACUGGUAUGGAAAGGAAAACAAAUAA